CUAGUGGUGACGACACAGGCAGAAGUUUUAAAAGGCUCACUGAGCUGGAUUUCCUCCUCUUCUCCUUCUCUCCCCACCUCAGGGUUAACCAGUAAUUUUAUCUACUGAAUAUAUACAAAAUGUCUUUCAAUCUUCCAUAUUAUCGUGAGUCAUACCUCUUGCCCGGGCCUCUGCCCGAGCAACAUGAAAUCGAGCAGGCAACAAAGAUCCUGCCCACCACCCACUCCCCUGCUUCCGGCGACCGAAUCGUCGUCGUGAGAGACCUUUAUGUCGUUAAGUACGGACCCACCGUCUCCGAAAACGAGGGCCACGUCCUGCGUUACAUCGAGCAGGAUCUCAGCGUCCCCGCACCAAGACUACACGCAAUGUACCAAAAAGGGACCAAGCUCUACUUGGUCAUGGACUACAUCCCCGGAGUCACCCUGGGCGAAGUAUGGAACACCCUUUCAGAUACGAGCAAGACCUUCCUGCUUGCACAAUUGCGAGCCGUCUUCGAAUGUAUGCGAGCCAUUCCCGUCCCCGGGUUUUAUGGCAGCGUUACCCAAGGCCCCGUGCCUCACAGUUUCUUCUUGCCACCUAUUGAAGACCCCGAUAUCUCCGGCCCUUUCGACGAAGAAGUCGACUUUAGUCGAGCCAUUGCCCUCCGCGCAAACCAGAUGUGCAAUGAUGGCGGCGCAACUUGGUGGCCGUGUGAGUUCCUUCUACGAAAUCUGCCCGAGGCCCUCCAGUGCCAUCAACCAGUCUUCACUCACGGGGACUUACAGCGUGAGAAUAUAAUUCUCACCAAGGUCAUCAAUACUUCCUCUGGUACUGAGGAAUAUCAGGUGAUUGCAGUCGUUGAUUGGGAAUCCGCAGGCUGGUAUCCCAAUUAUUGGGAAUAUGCUUGCAUUUUCCCCGGUUUCAAGUGGAACGAUGAUUGGCCCACUAGUGUGGAGAAAAUUAUUGAUGCUUUGCCGUUGGAGGGGACGUUGAUGGCAUUUGUCCAUGAGCAUUUUGGCUUUUGAUAUGCCCCUUUCAUAUGUUGGAGGUUUGAUCGUCGUCUUGGGUGGUUGAAGCAUGGUGUUUGGACUUGAGCCUCCCCCCUAGACGAUUCAGGAGGACGUUGGUCGCUUAAAUGAUGUAGUUAGCAGUCAGCUUUCUAGAAUGAGACAUGAAAUUGAGCUUCUGCUACAACAACAUCCUAAAUAUAUCCCCAAGGACAUCAACCAAGUGACUAGCAGUCGUUAUAGCAUGAGAAGUUAAGCUCGACCUGCUUACCUGACAACCUAUCUCCAUUAUCACAUCCCCAGAGCAAGCUUCAACGUGCAAUCAUUUGAGUUCACACAUCAUAAGUAGAUAGAGGCU